AGGCUUGGAUGCAGCCAAUCUCUGCGCCGUUGCCCCUGACAACCACGUCCAUCAACUCGGGGGAUCCAAUGAGCGCCGGGGGAGGGGCGGAGUCCAGGUGCGCCUCGGCAUCAACUUGGCAGAGCGCCUGGGAGCCGCCUAUGGGCAGGAGAGGAUCUGUCAAAUGCGAGCCUCCUUUAAUGAGAAGGACCAGUCCAGCUCCGAGAGCCAUGGCGACCGCAGCGUCCAACCACUACAGCAUCCUCACCUCCAGCGCCUCCAUCGUGCACUCGGAAGCCGGCAGCAUGCAGCAAGCCGCGGCGUACCGGGACGCGCAGAGCCUGUUGCAGAGCGACUACCCGCUGCAGAGCAACAACCACACGCUCAGCCACGCGCACCAGUGGAUCACGGCUCUGUCCCACGGAGAGGGAGCCCCGUGGUCCUCCAGCCCGCUCGGAGCGGAGCAGGACAUCAAGCCCGCGGUUCAGGGCGCGCGGGACGACAUGCACAGUUCCAGCAACAACCUGCAGCACCAAUCACGGCCGCCCCACUUGGUGCACCAGACGCACGGGAACCACCACGACGGCCGCGCGUGGAGAACCACCACGGCGGCGCACAUCCCGAGCAUGGCGACGAACGGCCAAAGCCUUAUUUACUCCCAGCCGGGCUUCAGCGUCAACGGGCUGAUCCCGGGCAGCGGGCAGGGCAUGCACCACCACAACCUCAGAGACAGCCAUGAGGAGCACCACAGCCCGCACCUCAGCGAGCACGGACACCCCCCGUCCCAGCAUCAGCACCAGCACCGGCCGCAGAGCCACCACGACCACUCGGACGAGGAUACGCCGACCUCGGACGACCUGGAGCAGUUCGCCAAGCAGUUCAAGCAGCGGAGGAUAAAGCUGGGCUUCACGCAGGCGGACGUGGGGCUCGCCCUGGGGACCCUUUACGGAAAUGUCUUUUCCCAAACCACCAUAUGCAGGUUCGAGGCCCUGCAGCUCAGCUUCAAAAACAUGUGCAAGCUGAAGCCUCUGUUGAACAAGUGGCUGGAGGAGGCGGACUCCACGUCGGGCAGCCCGACCAGCCUGGACAAAAUCGCGGCGCAGGGGAGAAAACGGAAAAAACGGACUUCGAUCGAGGUAAGCGUAAAAGGAGCUUUGGAGAGCCAUUUUUUGAAGUGCCCUAAACCGGCGGCGUCGGAAAUAAUCAGCCUGGCGGACAAUCUUCACCUGGAGAAGGAGGUGGUGAGGGUCUGGUUUUGUAACAGGAGACAGAAGGAGAAGCGCAUGACCCCUCCCGGUGGAGCGCUGCCGGGGAGCGAGGAUGUGUACGGGGACACGCCGCCGCACCACGGGGUCCAGACCCCGGUCCAAUGAACCCUGCUGGAGCGCCCCUCUAGGACUAGCUCAUCCUUUUUAUUUAUCCCCGAGGUUAUAUAUAAAUCACUGGACUAAGAAGAGAUCUAGUGGGUGUUUUAUGUAUAAUAGAUUGCAGUGAGGACUCACACAAAAUCUGCAGAGAAUAUCUGAGAAAUGGAACAUGAGUGAGGGGAGUACAGGACAUUUUUUAGCUCUGUUGGAGCUAAAAGGAACAAAAGCCUGUUUGUGUUCUCCGAGGAUUCAUGCCCAGCACUGUGACCCCAGUCGAAGCAGUUUCAAGGUGUAGCUUCUGUUGUGUGCUGAUGAAAUUAUACUUGAUUAAAACAAAAAAAGGAAAAGAAAGCGAAAGAGGGGAAGGAAGUUUUUAUUUUUGUGGAAUAAUUUUCAUUUUUGCCACUUUUCUAUCAUCCCCCUCCCCUCCCCGAGUGUUCUGUCGCCGUGCGUAAAAAGGCGCGUUCCAUCCGCCGCUCCAAACCGUGCGCCCGGCAGUCAUGGGUGCGUGAGUGGUGCAGUGGGGGGGUCGAAGGAGCUGAGUUAAUGGAUGGCCGGUUGAGGUUGCAGCUCCAGACUAGGAGAGUCCAGCUGCGUCUGAGCGCCGCGCGCCACAGAACCACCGAGAAACUGCGGCCUGUUCCGCCACGACUGAAGCUGCCGCUAAUCUAUUAUUAUUAUUAUUAUUAUUAUUAUUAUUAUUAUUAUUAUUAUUAUUAUUAUUAUUAUCCCACAGGUGCAGCGCACUGGCUAAAGUCGUUAAUUACGCAGAGGUCAGCGGUAAAUAAACUGCUUGACCUCUGGUGUCAGCGAGCAGCUCAGUCAGAAAAUCCCUUCUCCUUUUCACACAACAAGAGUUCAAUAAUAUCAUCUCCUCCCUCAGAGCCGCUCCCUGCUCCAGGAAGAGCUUCGUGCUUGAUUGGAAUAAGUGGAAUAAAUGGCACUUUCCCCACAACAAGACGCUCUCUGCAAAUCAAAAUAAGAAGACAGCAGCUCGCUCACAAUACUGGAAUCCACUCCUGUAAAUAUUGUAUAACUUUAAAAAAUCUUUUUUUUAAUUUUUAUCUUCACUGGGGCACUUUUUGGUGGAUUGUUGAUUUCAAACAGGAAGUGGAGUUUCAGGGUGCAGCCUCCACUCGUUUCCCUUUCGUUGUGUGUUGUUUUUUUUCCUCUGCAGGGAUUUGCUGCAGUGGCGAGUCCUGUUCUGAGGCUUUUCGUUUCAUUUCAGUUCACCUUCCAUCACGUCUGUUCGCUUAAAUUUAGCAGGUUGCUCAUUUCCCCCCAAUGGCCUUUGCUGGGUUUGUUUUCCAAAACAAAAAAAAGAAUUAAAAAGCUGCAAUAAAGGAGGGUUUCAAGCUAUUUGCUGGAAUUUGACAGAAAUAAUUUCCAAUUAAAUGAUAAAAAAUAGUAAAUCAAUUUACUAAAUUAUGAAUUCAGCAUUUUUUUGAUUUAAUUAUGUUUGACUUAAUAAAUUAUUUAACUUUUAAACAACAAUAAAAGCGUAUUAUUAUUGCUAUUAUUAUGAGCGUCGCUGUUCGUCACGCAUUUAAUUCAAGCUACUCUGUUUGUUUUGUUGCUUUAACGUGGAGGGAAACGAUUUACUUUAUUUUCUUAGUUAUGUUAAUAAAAUUGUAAUUUAUUCUGCGAUUUUUUUUCCCAGCAGAUGACGUCAAGGGCGAGAUAAAAAUAGUUCUAUAUACAUAAAUGCAUUUAUAUAUCAGGAGGAGGCUUUUGUUUUGAAGAGAUAUUUUGACUUUCCUGGGAGGAAGGAUGCCACAGUCUGCAGCUAAAUAAAUGUACAUAGGCCUUCAUCU